UGAGUGUGAGCUGGGUCGGGGUUGCAGACUGUGUCCAGCGCCGGUUCUGUGUGAACUCUCUGACCGAGUUUCCUUUCUGCAGGAGCCGCCGCCGCUGCUGCUGUUGUUGCUGUUGCUGGUCUUACCGGGCACGGGCCGGGCCGCCGAGCUGAUUUACCGGGUCCGGGAGGAGUCACCGGCGGGCACCUACAUCGGUAACCUGGCCACCGACCUGAGGCUGAACCGGAGCGAGCCGGGAGUCACCUAUAACCUGGCGUCGGCGGCGGGCUCCGGCCGCUUCGUGGACCUGAACCGGGAGACCGGGGAACUGCGGACGUCGGCGGCGGUGCUGGACCGGGAGGAGCUGUGCCCGGAUCCCGGUACCGGGAGCCUGGCGGAACCGUGCUGGCUGCUGCUCGAUGUCCUGCUGCUGCCCCCCCGCCUGUUCCGCCUCCUCAAGCUCCGGCUCCGGGUCGAGGAUGUUAACGACCAGGCGCCGCGGUUCCCCGCCUCCAGCCUCGGCCUCUCGGUACCGGAGAACGCGGAGCCGGGCUCCCGCUACCCUCUGGAACCGGCGGCCGAGGACCCGGAGCCCGGCCUCAACGGGAUGCUCCGCUACCGGCUGCAGGGGACGGGCCCCGCCGCCUACUCCGGCGCCUUCUCUCUGGCCCAGGAGGACGGCGCGGUGCCGGGGAAGCCGGCUCCUUUCCUGGUCCUGGCGGCGCCGCUGGACCGGGAGUCCCGGGAUCGGUAUGUGAUGGAGCUGGUGGCCGAGGACCGGGGCAGCCCGAGCCUGUCGGGGACGGCCACGGUAACGGUGUCGGUGAGCGACGUUAACGACCACUGCCCCGAGUUCCCGCAGAGCGAGCUCCGCCUCAGCGUGUUCUCCAACAUCUCGGUGGGCAGCACCGUCACCCGGCUGCAUGCCCAGGACCCCGACCUCGGAUACAACGCCCGGGUCGUCUACUCGUACGGGGAGCGGGUCCCCGGGAGCUCCAGCCGCCUGUUCCGCCUGGAUCCGGUCUCCGGUACCAUCCGCCUGGCCGCCCCCAUCCGGGAGGGCAGUGCCCGCUUACACCGGCUCACCGUGCUGGCUACCGGCACCGGCUGCGCCCCGGUCGCCCUCACCGUCAGCCUGAACGUUAUCCCGGUGGGGGUUACCGGACCCCCGGUGCUCAGCCCCCGGUACAUCGCCCUGCAGGCGGACGGCGUGCUUUACCUGAAGGAGAGUGAGCCCCCCCGGACCCCCUUGGCCUUCUUCACCGUUACCGGGGACCGGGAGCCGGUCCGCUGCUACCUGCACAGAGGGGAGGCAGCGGCGGCUUUCCGCCUGUCCCGGUACCAGGACCUCCCCGGUGAGUACCUCCUGGAGACCGGGCAGCCCCUGGACUAUGAGCUCCAGCGGCGUUACCAGGUCACAGUGGUGGGGGAGAACGCAGACGGGCUAGCCAGCAGGGUCCACCUCCAAAUCCAACUCAUCGACGAGAACGAC